AGAUUACUUGCCAGACACCUCUUAAAUAUUAUUGGUGUCAUAUUAAGAUUAAGCAGUAAUUUGCGCUUGAACGGAAAUGUAGUCAGAGAGACAGCUCGUGAGGCGGAAGUGAGGUUAGAGCAGCAGCAGUCUGCUCCGUCCAUGUUAUUAUUGUUAUUCUGGCUGUGUGAUGGUUCACAGCGGAGCGCACAGACGGCGGCCAGCCCGGGAUUUCUCCGGUUAUCAGCACAGACACGAACGGCUAGCAGGCCACAUGUUACACCUGCGCUUCUGUCCCACGAUAGUUUGAUUACAAACGCUGACAAAACGCGUCAACGUCGCUGUGCGCAGCGCUCGCGUCGGACUGUCUUUUUUAUUGACACGGCAACAGACAUGAACGGCAUCACCAAGAGCAGAUUUGAGGUGUUCUCAAACAGCGAUGAGGCCCUAAUUAACAAAAAACUUCCCAAAGAGCUUCUACUCAGGAUUUUUUCAUACCUGGAUGUAGUUACAUUGUGUAGGUGUGCUCAAGUAUCCAAGGCAUGGAAUGUUCUCGCAUUAGAUGGAAGCAACUGGCAGAAGAUUGAUCUCUUCAACUUUCAGACAGAUAUUGAGGGUCGUGUGGUGGAGAACAUCUCAAAGCGAUGUGGAGGGUUUUUGAGGCAGCUCAGUCUAAGGGGCUGCCUCAGUGUGGGCGAUGCCUCCAUGAAGACCUUUGCUCAGAACUGUCGCAACAUUGAGCAUCUGAACCUCAACGGCUGCACCAAGAUCACAGAUUCCACCUGCAUCAGCCUUAGCAAGUUCUGCUCCAAACUUCGUCACCUUGACCUGACCUCUUGCGUGUCCAUCACCAAUCAUGCACUUAAGGCCGUAAGUGAGGGCUCCCGGAUGUUGGAGAAUCUGAACCUGUCCUGGUGUGAUCAGAUCACGAGUGAUGGCAUCGAGGCUCUCAGCCGUGGCUGCACAGGCCUCAGAGCACUGUUCCUGAGAGGCUGCACACAGCUUGAUGAUGCUGCACUGAAGCACCUUCAAAAGCACUGUCCUGAGCUCAUGACAAUCAACAUGCAAUCCUGCACACAAAUCACAGACGAUGGCUUUGUGAGUUUGUGCCGGGGCUGUCACAAACUGCAGAUGGUGUGUGUGUCUGGCUGCAGCAACAUUACAGAUGCCUCCCUGACCGCUCUCGGCCUCAACUGCCAACAGCUCAAGAUCCUGGAGGCUGCUCGCUGCUCACAUGUGACUGAUGCUGGUUUCACUGUUCUCGCCAGGAAUUGUCAUGAUUUGGAGAAGAUGGAUUUAGAGGAAUGUAUUUUGGUGACUGAUAACACUCUGGUUCAGCUCUCAAUCCACUGCCCUCGGCUGCAGGCGCUGAGUCUGUCUCACUGCGAGUUGAUAACAGAUGAUGGAAUCAGACACCUGAGCAGCAGUGUGUGUGGUCAUGAGCGUCUGCAGGUCGUGGAGUUGGACAACUGCCCCCUAAUCACAGACAUCACACUGGAGCAUCUCAAAAAUUGCCAGCAUCUGGAACGUAUUGAGCUCUAUGACUGCCAGCAGGUCACCCGCGCGGGCAUCAAACGCAUUCGGGCUCACCUUCCUGACAUCAAAGUCCAUGCCUACUUUGCCCCAGUCACACCCCCUCCCUCAGUGCAUGGAGGUGGCCAGCGUCUCUGCCGAUGCUGUGUCAUACUCUGACAGAAGGAGGAGACUCUGAGAUGUCAUAGAAAGUCAAGCUGUCAGUCAACCUCUAAACUCCGCCCUGCCCCGACUUCACACCACUAUGAGACUCUGUGUGGGGUUGUGGCUAUGGGAGGCAUGGCUUGUUCGCUGAGCGGUUGCCUGGCAGCAGGAUGGACCUGAACAAGUUACACAAAAUAAAUACAAUGCAACAUGACAUAUAAAUGCUACGUACAUACAAUACAACCUCCUGGAUAUACAAGAAAACCAAGGAGCUACCAUGUAAGAUAUUUCAUAUUUGGAUAUAUAGGAAACAAAUCUGAGAAAGAACUUAAAGCAUUAUGGAACUACUGAAUAUUGAAUGAAUACGCAAAGAAAUUUGCUUGAGGCAUGUUUAAUGCCGUUAUGACAACUACACAGUGUUUACGUCCUGCUCCUCUUCCUCAACCAAUAGGAAUGCAUUUUCUCAUGACGAGAACCAAUAGAAAAACAGAAAACGAGUGGCAGGAUGCAAGUCUCCUUUGGAGUUCUGUAGGAUACUCCUCCCGCUCUUUGAUCAUGUGACUUUCUCAAACCUGGGAGCAGGAAGUUUGAGCGUGUUGUCUGGUUUGCGUGUGUGUGUGUGAAUGUUUAAAUAUAGAAAACAAAAUAUAACACUACAACAAAAUCAACCCAUAUUAAAACUGAAGUAAAAUGGUUUUUAUUUUCUGUUAGUGCUCACCCUCAUUUUGAGAUGGAAAAAAAAAAAAAAAAUUGCAAUUGAAACCAUGUGAGUGAGUGAUGGGUAGAGAGUUCAGGAAGGACUGAGGUUGUGCAUGCCAGAUAAAGUUCACUCCAGUGCGGAGUUAAUUUAACAUCAAUAUUGAUGUUAAUGUUCAAAUUUAGACUUCAUGUGCUAAGGGUGGGUGGGGGGCUCAUGUGGGAUAGAUUAACAUUUGACAUUCACAGUGUUUUAGUGCAAUAUUGAAAGCCCAGGCGUAUGUAAUUGUGGUAUGUGACAGGAUUCAAAACACUCCUUAUUCAGGCAUUUCCUAGGCAACAGUCUCAAUAGUAUUCUCAUGGCAAUGUCCCUGGUUCUACAAAGAAGCCCCUGUAUCCUCAUUCCUUUAAAUUCACUGCCAAUUACAUGUCAUCAAGCUUGUAGAUGUGAUCUCAUCAUAAUGUUACACAAAAAUCAACAACAGGAAUAAGAUAAAAGGAUAGUUCUCCCAAAAAUGAAAAUUCUCAUCAUUUACUCACCCUCAUCCCUUUCUUUCUUUUGUUGAACACAAAUGAUUUUUAGAAGAAUAUUUCAACUCCAAAAAUUUGAAGCUCCAAAAAGCACAUAAAGGCAGCAUAAAAGUAGUCCAUACGACUCCAGUGGUUAAAUCCAUGUCUUCAGAAGCGAUAUGAUAGGUGUAGGUGAGAAACAGCUCAAUAUUUAAGUAAUUUUUUACUAUAAAUUCUCCCUGCCCAGUAGGUGGUGAUAUGCACGAGGAAUGCAAAUCGCCAAAAACAAAAGAAGAAUAAUGUGAAAGUGAUAUUGAUUUGUUUCUCAUUCACACUUAUCGUAUCAUUUUAGAAGAUACGGAUUAAACCGCUGGAGUUUAUAGAUUACUUUAUGAUGCCUUUAUUUGCUUUUAGAUUUUAAAAGUUCAGGUCACCAUUCACUUGCAUUGUAUAGAUCAACAGAGCUGAGAAAUUCUUAAAAUCUUCAUUUGUGUUCAGCAGAAGAAAGUCAUACACAUCUGGGAUGGCAUGGAGUUGAGUAAAUGAUGACAGAAUUGUCAUUUUUGGGUGAAUUUUCCCUUUAAGGCGAAAAUCGCGAGAAAAAAAACUUAAUGCAAUCAUGAGAUGAUUUAAUGUUUACCAUCUGAAGCUUAUAACCAAUGAUCAACAAGGUUUUAAGGGAUUAGUUCACCAAAAUAAAAUGAAAGUUCUGUCAUAAUUUACUCACCCACAUGUUGUUUCAAACCAUCUUUUUUUGUCUUCUGUGGAACACAAAAGGAGAUUUUAGGCAGAAUUUUAGGGACUGGCAUCUUAUGUCACCAUGCACUCUCAUUGCAUGUUUUUCUUCAUACAUUGAAAGUAAAUGGUAACUGAGGUUGUGUUCCACAGAAGAAAGUCAGAUGGCUUUGGAACGGCUUGAGGUUGAGUAAAUGAUGACAUGUACUCACUUUUGGUUCAUAUUUCGGUUAACUAACACUAAAGGCCUAAUGCUGCAUAAUUCUUUAAAUACAUGUUGAGUCGUGCUGAUGACAAUAGCUGCUGGGUGGAUCAUCUAAUAAUCAAUGGAAAUGUAUUUUCAGUGUGAGUGCCUUUGAUUUUGCAAUUGGGGGAGGGGUGGAAUUACAGCCACAGAAAUGCUUGACUCAGGGCUGCGGUGUAGUUUUUCACAUUUCUUUCCUCUUGUAUUCUCUCUUCAGUUGGUUUUUACCAUUAGAUCCGAUCAUGAUGAAGUACCACAUCAUUUACUGUCAAUGCAUACACCAGUGAUUCCAAUUCUUUUAUCUCCACCAUGCUUUAGAAGGCAAUGCUAAACCUGUCACUUAAAGUGAUGUUUGUUUAGAAUUGUUCUGUAACAGCUGAUCGGCUCCCCUCCUUCUCUCCCAUAUUUUUGACAAAGAUGAAGUUACCUGAAUGUCCUUGUGUUCUGGUUGUUAAUGUGACAUUUCUUCAAAUAAAAGAUCUGAGCAGUGUGUCACAUUC